CGAUUAUUCAAAAUCAAAUUUAACAUGACAGGGGAAGAGCAUGUUCAAUAGAUUUCUUAUCUUGUUGUGAACGUCAUAUGAGUGUGUCCCCAUCUUGAGUAAUUAGUGAAGAUUGUACUGAAAAUAUGCACGAAAGUAGGCUAAUUUAUUUCAUUGUUGUUUCAUUUGUUAUUAAUGUCCUGAAAGCGAACACAUAGCAUGACAGCCAAUGUUAUGUCAACACAGCAGGCCUAAAUCACUCAAAUGCUGUUUAUUUUUAAAUGACGCUCAUUUAGAACAUAUGUCGACUUCUAUAUUGCAAAUCACACUCACUAAUUUAUAUGGAAUGCAUGUUGAUUUUUUUGGGUCAGUGUUUUGAGAGUACGAUGCAUUUGCUUAUUAAAUCAUGCCCACCAGAAGCAAUAUUUACAUGACUAUAUAGUCUAGUUGUACCUUAAAUACAGGAAGAGAGAGUCCGCAAGAGCUUUUAAAUUAAAUUUGGCUUUAUGUCCCAGAUAGGCCAAAGUAUUUUCCUUAAAGACGAUCGUUUUUUCUUUCUCCGAGAAUAUACAAGGGUGUAAAUGGAGCAAAUGUAGAUACGAAAUUCAUGUAAUAUAUUAUAUCAGUUAUGCCGCCCGUUAAUAGUCUCCAUAGCCUACAAUAUGGUCUAUGUACAUCGGACGUUUAUUAACAUAAACAGACUUCUCUAACAAAUAUUUUGGACCAAAUUUAUUCAAUGUAUUAAAAUAAAAAAACACAUACAGACCUAUAGCUACUACAAGUUCUUUAAGCAUUUACUUGUAGCAUGGACCUAUAGCCUGUACACAGAAAGUCAAUAGAACUCGCACUGGAUCUUCUAAUAACACUUCCAAAGUUAAAUAUAAUUCAGUUAUGUUCUUGCAAACAGUAACCUGGAUACCAGCGAGUACGCCCGUGGUAUUCAAAGUUUUGAAAGCGGAGAGGAGACGGGUAGGUUGAGGAGAAGCAGAAACUCUUAAAACUUGAAGUCUUGCCAGUGGUGCAUUGUCAAAUUCAAUAGACAUUUCAAGGAACCAAAGCAUUCAUCUUCUCCCUUCUUUGUGUUCGCCCCGUCGCUGCUCAUUAGAAUUAACCAAUAGGCUUUCGAGCUGGCUAUAUUAGAAUGUAAAUGAGCACAGCGCGUGCUCCGGGUGCUCUGAAAGCCGCGAAUUGUUCAUUGAGCUCCCCGGAGCCACGCGCCUGGCUCGCGAAGCCGGUGAGCAGAAGAAUCACUCAGCGGGGCGGGUCCUUCCAAGGAAGCGUGCAUCUUUAAAGGGGUGGGGUGUAGGGCGCGUGUUGAAAAAGAGGAGAGCUGCCAAAGUUCGCUUCAGAUCAGCCACUGGAGAAGGUACCGUCAGGAUUUAAAUCCAAGACCACAAACCGAGACACACAGUCUACGUAAGGGAACUAAACAGUGGUCUACUUCUCCAGCUCGUUAAUUGCUUAAUGUGUGAGAGGGUUUAUGUGAGUAACCUAUUUCAGUUAGUUGUAUAUCUUAACUCAGAAGCAAUGGAAAUCACUACAACACAAACCAGGCAGGGCGCUUAUACUGUUAGAAUUUCGGAGGGCCGUUCCCCGGUCACUGUGGAAACCUCUACACAUGAAUGCGGCAUCCUCAACGUUGCAAGCCUGCAGACCAAGGGCAAAGUGCUGAAAAGACAGCGCUCUAGUUCGCCUGAACUUCUCAGAUGCAAAAGGAGGCUGAGCUUCAAUGGGCUGGGCUACACUCUUCCACUACAGCAACCUGUCGCUGUGGCCAGACGCAACGAGCGCGAGAGAAACCGGGUCAAACAGGUCAAUUUGGGUUUCCAGACGCUACGCCAGCACGUGCCCAACGGGGCAGCCAACAAAAAGAUGAGCAAGGUAGAAACGUUGCGUUCGGCAGUGGAGUAUAUCCGUGCGCUGCAGCAUCUUCUCGACGAACACGAUGCGGUGUCAGCGGCGUUUCAGUGCGGGGUUAUGUCCCCUACCGUAUCUAACAACAACUCGGUGGACCCGGAAUCCCCCCACUCUAUCUACUCAUCGGACGACGGAAGCUAUGAACAUCUAAGUUCGGAGGAGCAGGAGCUGUUGGAUUUCACUACCUGGUUCGACAGAUACUGAUCCGGUGCCAGAAAUAAACUUUAAACGAAAGGGGAUUAUCCGGAGUACUUCUUCCUCGCCGUUUCCAUGCAACAAGGCAAUUGCUGUGGUCCCAGGAGUAGGACUAACAGAAGAAGCUACGAAUGUGCGCGACUGGGUUCACCGGACAUGGCGUCCAAGGACAAGGGCACGACACCAAGUUAAUCGAGUUAACAUUGUAACAGUUAAUUUAAGUGCAAUUAUAAUAACUAUAUUUAGUUGUAACUACGAAGGCAGCCUGACUCAAAGGUAAUUUGGCUGUGUCGCUGUACCGAUUUGAAAAACCGGUCCCGGAAAGUUCCAGAGAAAAGCGACAGUUUCAGAACUAAACACUGAGUCGGCCAUGACUGGAAAAUGGCAAGAUCGGUUUAAUUCGUUUUCUUGUGAAUGUUGCUUUUAAUUAGUUUACGUUUUAAAUUUGUAUCGCUCGUUAAACUGCAUAAUAAGAAGACGUAAACGUGCGAGCGUGGGGUAAUGGCGCGAUACUCCGAACUUUCCGAACAUUCACGUGCUGGAUUUUCACAUUUUAAUAACCUAUUUAUACAUCUGAUCUGUUGAAAGAAUUAUUUGAAAGGUUUUCACUUCUAUGUACGAUUGGUGUUUCCAUUUAUGCACUUGUAUCCCCAUUUUUGUACUAAAUGUACAUAUGAAUUUUAAGAGAUAGGCUAUAUUUUUGUAUAAUAUUCUAUAAAUAAAUAUUUUAUUUAUGCUA